GCAAAGCUACUGACACUCCUAAGGCGAAAGACCCACCCUGGUUGGCCCUUGUCCAAUCAGAACCCAAAAAAAAACCAGCACCUCCCCCACCUACAAUUACUUCUAUGUUUGCCCAUACUGGCUCAGUUUCCUCUCUAAAAGAGGGGGGAUCAAAACCAGUCACUGCUCUCAAUCCCUUUGAUGAUGAAGACAAUGAUGAUGGAGUGGCAGAAACCAGUUCUGAGCUUCCCCAAUGUCCUAUGGUGGCCAAUCAUCCCUGGUAUAGUAUUACUCAAGGUGAUAAAGACAAAGAUGGAGACAACAGCAGAAAAAGUCAUGCCCCUUCUCAGAUUCUAGCAUGUGUUCAGAGAAAGAAGCGGCCUGCACCCCAAGCUCCAAAAUCAUCAUCAGCUCUGAGGAAAGAGAGCAUCUCCUCUUCUUACUCAGACUGCAGUGCAGUCACCCAGCAGCCUGCAGCUCAAAAUCAGAACAACUUGUUCAUGAAAAGUGUAUCUGAACCAUCAAUCAACACUUCUACUAGUGCCCCUUCACCAGACACUCAGCAUCAGGCUCAUUGUUCUCCGAGCUUGUCUCCUGCACCACCACCUACAGGUAGCAGCUCAGUACCAGGCACCCCAGAGACCAGUCGUAGUAUGAUACUGCCCCCAUCUCACCGUUCAGAAGCACGAAAUGUCUCACCCUCUUCACAAACACCCAGCACUCCGAUCAAGCAAACCUGUAAAGAGAAUCCAUUUAAUCGGAAGGCCACCACCUCCUUUAAUUCUCCUGUAUCCAGACGUCACAAAGAACCUGGUCCUGCACGACCCCCUGCUCCUGGACAUGGAUUUCCUCUUAUUAAACGUAAGGUCCAGUCUGACCAGUAUAUACCAGUAGAAGACGUUCAUGUUGAAAUAAAUGAUCUGGAGAAACAUUUGGAUGAACUGGAAAAGAGAGGAGUGGAUCUGGAGAAGAGGUUACGGGACUGUUCAAACGAUGAUGAGGAGGAACAUCUGCUUGUGGACUGGUUUACUCUGAUUCAUGAGAAACACUUACUAGUGCGGAGAGAAGCUGAGCUGGUCUACACAGCUAAACAGCACAAUCUGGAAGAAAGGCAGGCAGAUGUGGAAUAUGAGCUUAGAUGUUUGCUGAACAAGCCAGAAAAAGAAUGGACAGAAGAUGACAAAGACAGGGAUCAGCAGUUGAUGGCAGAACUUGUCACUAUUAUUGAGCAGAGGAACCAAAUCAUUAACAACAUUGAUCAGGACAGACAGAGGGAAGAAGAGGAAGACAAACUAGUAGCAGCUAUUCUAAAGAAAAAAGAGUUUCAUGGAGAGAGUGAACAGAAGAAGAAAGCAGCAAAGUUUAAGCCCAUUAAGGUUCUGAAGAGAUUGAGUACCAAGAGUGAAGGAGUGAAGGGCAACUUCGCCAAAAAAGAGAACAGAUGAAGAGCAGAUCAAGAGAGAAAUAUAAUAUCUAAAUCUUAUUUCUCAUUGGGGCUAUCACAAUAUCAGAUUUUCACUAGUUAUCAUGGCCAAUAGCAAUCACAAUAACAAUAUUAUAUAUAAUGCUAUUAGUCAUAUUUAUCUUUAAUUUUUUGUUCUUUUUUUGGCCAAUGAAUCAUACUCAAUGGGAGUUUAGGGAGGGAGGAAGUGUAAAUACAGAAUGUUAAAUAAUUCACUUUGGGUUUGUUUAUGGAGAAACAUUGUAAAACAAUAAAACUUUGGCUGGUGCCAUUCAUUUACAUUUGACCGUCAGGUGGGGCUGUUGACAUGCAUUUGACCCCUUUGAUCGCUUCAACUCAAAUUCUCUCAGCCUAAAUCUUCCCACAAGCCUUCAGGCUCUAUCUUCUAUUAUUCUAAAAUAAAGUAUACCAAAGUUAAUAACUUGUAGCGUAAUCUAUUCUCCUGCGAGAGGUAGGUCUUCCUAAGGAGAUCUAGUUUACAGAUGCCUUACAAUCCCAUUUGGUGCCCUAGGUCACGAGAAUCUGUCCAACCAAAUCCUGAUGUGGGACUUUAUGGCUCUUUGUCUCAAGCUGUGUAUAAAAGGUGGCCUUGCAAAAUACUUGGAAGCAUUCUAUAGCAAGAAUCUUCCCCACACUUUGUGUAUUAAAACAUAAUGGAAAAAAUCUUUAAGAAUCUUCCUACACCAAUUUGUGGGUAUUAUAUCCAUAAUGGAAGUACUCUGUAGCCAGAUGUCUAUUGCCAGGUAUGACUUCGUUUUUUUUUUUUUUGCCAAUGUUGAUCAUUUCAAAUAAUUUUAAUUGAAUCAGAUUCUGUAUUGUAUUCUUUAAUUGAUGUUUGAAGAUAGAACCUGUCUGGUAAAAUAAAUUGUUAUUAUUGUUUCAUUUAAAUUCUUCAGAAAUUGUAUUGAUUUAUUUUAAUUCUUCAGAAAGUGUUUUCCAGUAGAUUAGGAGGAGUCUGGUAUUACCGCAAAAUAAGUAUGUCAGUAUAAGAUCAUACUAGAGUUUUGAUGUUGAAUGGCGCAUGGGGCCCAUUCACCAAGACUCUCAGAUUUAUGUCUAUCACCUGUCUUAGCAAGUUGCAUGAUCGUGACUAAAGUAACUAUUUGUAUGAUCGGAGCAAGCAUGGGGCGGCCAGUCGUAAAAGUAUUAGUUUACCGGCAACUUCUGACUAAGAUCAGACUGACAAUUUUGUGUCCGUGAGAUAUACACAACGGCCGACGUUGGGUCCCUAAUGAACGAAUAACUAGGAUUAUGAGAAUUUAUAAAUAAUCAAUAUUCUAAAUUAUGUUCUACAGAAAUUGGUAUAAUGCACUAAAUUCCUAUUAUAUUAAAUUGGAUUCAGAUUAUAAUUUAACCACAGAGGUCAAAUAAAUAAAUUAAAACCUAAUAAAUGGAAUUAUUCUUCUAGAAGUGCUAAGGAAGGAAAGAACAUGAGAUCCCUUUACCCAUGCCAUUGGAUACCGUCUUUGGGCCGAUGGGUGGCUCUUUACAGUAGAAUGAGAGAGAUGUAGUUUGUAGCCAUUGUGGCUCUUAAGGCAAAAUGUUUAACACGUACAAACCACCACCAAAUAUGUUGGAGUACUAACCCAGUGUUUCCGCGGAGUCAUAAAAAGUCAUAAAACAUCUUAAAUUAAAUAAUCAGAAUUUUAGGCCAUAAAAAUUCAUAAAAACAUCCGCAUUUUCCAUGCAAAGUCAUAAAUUACAUUUAGCCACGUCUUUAAUUUAUACACUCGUUCAUUCAUUGUUGCCUUUCCCCACAAAAAUGCACUGGGGGCUGCAUUCAUUCAUUUCGCCUGUUGUAGUUCUGUCUGAGGAAUCUGGGUGGUAUAGUCACAGCGUUCCAGAACUACAAGAUCCAUGCGGCAGUGCAGCAAACAGACUUGAAUACUUUCACAGAAACCUGCGCAAACUCCGAACUCCCGAGCGUCACUGCUUAGUUAAACUGAAAUCUCCUGGUCUACGACAUUGGGAAAGUGUACAUUUAAUGUGCUAUGGUUUGAAGCUGGUGUGUUUAUUAGUUGGCUCAAGCCUGCAGCAAACAAUCGGUAUCAAGCCUAUUGCACAUUGUGUAAGAAGGCAUUGGAGCUGUCUAGUUUAGGCAUAAAAGCCUUACAUUGGCAUACAAAGUCAGAAAAGCAUAAAGUUGCUGUAAAAGGUCUGCAGCGGGUGCAGGCGAUCAGUCAGUUUUGUUUAGCUCUGUCACUACCCAGUCAAAGUACAGCAUGGGAUUCAGUUUGUUUCAAGAGAUCUCAUUCAGAAUGCUUCAUAGGGUUUACCCCACUAACUAUUACCUGAAAAAAAUUAAAAAUGGCUUUGAUAUCAGCUCUGUGAAGAGCUAAAUGAAACACUGGUGCAUUUAUUUUGGUCUUGCCUGCGUAGCAAGAAACUUUGGGGCAAAGUGGCUCAAAUUAUUGUCCAUAUUUACCAUCAAUUUGCUUUGCGGUAAGAAAAUGUUUUGUUUGGUUUCACGCAAUAUGAUAAAAAUUUAUGUUCAGAGUAUUAUGUGAUAAAUUUGCUUAUAAAAUAAAAUUUGGUGUACAUAAGUCAAAAUUCCUAAAAAAGAAACCAAGCUUUCUGGAGCUUGCUGCUUAUAUUGGGCAUGUUCUCUCAAUAUCUGAGUGUACAAACAAAAAAGCUGUUAAUUCAAAUGACCUCACAAGCUUUACAAGAUUUAUUUAAUCUUUUCCUUUACUUUUUUAUGUUUCUUUUUUUAUAACCCCUGACCUCCCUGGCUUAUUUGUAAUUUAUUCAAAGUCUUUAUUGAUGUAAAUAAUUCUUGCUGUAUAUUCUAUUUUUGAAUAAAU